AUGCAUACUGUCGACGACACCCUUGAAGGCACGGAGUUCCUUACGCUUACGGACCAGCCUGAUGCUGUGCCUGGCCCGAGCCCGCCGUUGUACCGCGUUGGCGGCGUACUCGGAGUCAUGCUCAAGGCCCAGCAGCUCGUUUCGAGCUUGGCUCGCCGCGUGGCCCGGCGCAAGGGCACCGAAGUGCACGUAGAGGAGCGCCGGAUUUGGUGCCGGAUCUCCAUCGAAAUUUGGAGGCGAGCGGUGCGAAUGAUCCGGCGCUGCCUGCCCAGCCACGCCCAGGAGGUCGCUGAUGAGGACGAUGCCUAUCACGACCCAGACGUGGAAUUCAGGCGCGGGCACCCUGGCAGCGUCGUCACCUGCGGGGUCGGCGUCCGCAGCCGCGCCCUCGGGUUAACCGAGGGCGCCGCCUCGGAGAAGCCGCGGCGCCACUGCAGCUUGUGCCGGUUGAUCGAGAAGUCCAACAAGGCGGCGGCGGACGCCCUGUCCGCGGCGCAGGUCGCCAUCUGGACGGAGGUGAUCGCGGUGAUAGGCACCUUGGCGGGCAUCCUCACCUCCUGGGUCGGCUACAACAUGGACGAGUCGCGGCUGCCGCAGGGCAUGCGGGUGCCGAAGGUCGACACCGAGCUCCCGGGCGAAUUGCUGCGGACCCCCGGCGGCGGCGCGGCGCAGGCGGUUGGCGCAACGGCGGCUGGCGCCGUGGCGGCGGCGUCUUGGAACGGUGGUUUUGGCGCCGCCGUGCAGGAGUCUCAGGCCAGUGCCCCUCCGGCGCAGCCCGUGCGGUGGCCCUCGGAGACCGCCACGGACGCCGCCCCGGGAGCGCCGGGCGCCGCUGGGAGGUCCGCCGCGGGCGCGCAGCCGAGCCAGCGCGGCCAGCGGGGCAGCGGGCCGCGCGCGGCAGCCGCUACGGCCAAGGCCGCCCCGCAGCCGCCUGAGUUCUCCGGCGCGGAGGGCGCGGGAGCCGUGCGGGCGCCCGACUCCGCCGCUGGCGCUCCCGCCGCUGCCGCGGCGGGACCACAAGGUGCAGGCCAAGUAGCACAUCCCAACUCGGCGUCUGAGGCGCGCCACGGAUUACCAAAUGCACGCCUGGCAUUCUUACCAUAG